AUUACGCGCUUGCAUCAUCAUAGAAUAACACUGUUUUGGAAAUUUUACUCGUUUUUUUUCCAGCAAAUUGUUUAUUUUGUACUUUGAAAUAAGAAUGGCAGAAGUAGGAUGGGAUGAAGUUACCUAUUUAACGAAAAGAACUCCAAAAGCCGGAGAAAUGCGUUCUCAACAAGCUGUUCAAGCAGCUAGGAGAGAAGGAAAAACAGUUGACACGUCGAAGAAAUUUUCUGCUGGACAGAACAGACAGCACUCUUCGGCUAAAGAUACUGCCAAGCUUGAUCGAGAAACAGAAGAACUUCAUCAUGAGAGGGUAUCAUUAGAUGUUGGAAAAAUCAUUCAAAAAGGAAGAAUGGAGAAGAAGAUGAGUCAAAAAGAUCUUGCCACAAAAAUAAACGAAAAGCCUUCAGUAAUUAAUGAUUAUGAAGCAGGCCGGGCAAUACCGAACAAUCAAAUCAUGGCAAAAAUUGAAAGGGCAAUUGGACUGAAGUUAAGAGGAAAAGACAAAGGACAACCAAUGGGUGGGAAAAAGUAACAAUAUUGAUGCUCAUGUUGUUAAAUCUUGGCAGCAAAAAAAACGGUGGCAAAUAUAUUUAAUUUGUGCUGUAAAUUCUUAUCAUUAAACGUUCUAUUAGUUGAGUACAGUACAGUACAGUACAGUACAUGGAAACUUACACAUACCAAAGGGUUGUAGUCACUACACUAAUAGUUUUAAGUUGGUUCAGAUUAAAUAUAAACUGGUUUAAGGUAUGUUUUAUCUAGGAUGUCUAUCAUCAAGUGCAAGGGGGAAGAAAUCCCUUAUAAAACUGUUAAAAAAUGUUUAACAACAGUGGCUUAUGACAACUUGUUUGAACAACUAUCCAUAACUAUCCAUUCAAUGUACAAUUUAGGAGCACAUAUGGUUUGAUUUCUAUAGAUGAGGGAAAUGACAUUAUUUUGUAGCACUUGUGGAGGAGUUGUCUUAAUA